UGUGUUGGGAGAAAAAGUUAACGACAAAUACCAGAGAAAGGCCAUUUCGCAGCAGAGAGAGAGUGACUUUCACUAAAAUACUAAAAAGAUUUCAGCUUUGUUUUGUUGGGUUCAACCCCUUCACUCUUUUCUGGCCGUGGCCAUUAGUAUCCAUUUCUGCAGCUCUCCCUUUCGCUUUCUUUCCACAUUCUCUCUCUUUCUCUUUCUUCUUCGUUUCAAAACCCUUUCCUAGGUUUCUGUUUCUCCGUUCACUUCUUGCUGUUAUGCUCUGUUGUAACUGUAGCCUUUGUUGGCGAAAGCAGAGUCUUGCAUAAUCAAGAUUCAAACUUACCUCCCUGGGAAUUGUGAUCUCUGCUUUAGUCUUUAGUUUUUCACCUGGUUUUCUCAAGAUGACUCCGGAGGACCAAAGGGGCGAUUUGAGUGAUGACUAUGUGGCCGCGAAAAAGUUUCCUGUGGGUAUGAGUGUUCUGGCUGUUGAUGACGACCCAAUUUGUCUUAAAGUGUUGGAGACUCUGCUUGUCAAAUGCGAGUAUCGGGUUACUACAACUAAUCAGGCGAUUAAGGCUUUGAAAAUGCUAAGGGAAAACAGGAACAAGUUUGACCUCGUCAUUAGUGAUGUAAAUAUGCCAGACAUGGACGGAUUUAAGCUCCUUGAGCUAGUGGGUCUUGAAAUGGACCUACCUGUCAUCAUGUUGUCAGCACACAGUGAUACAAGGCUUGUGAUGAAGGGCGUUACCCAUGGUGCAUGUGACUAUUUACUGAAACCUGUUAGAAUGGAAGAGCUUAAGAACAUAUGGCAACAUGUGGUUCGAAGAAAGAAGUUUGAUAACAAAGACCAGAAUAAGGCUUCUCAGGUGGAGAAGGCGAACAAUAUUUCUGGGGAAGGGAAUCCAGGCAUCGGUUCAGAAAAUAAUUCCGAUCAAAGUAAAAAACUGGGUAAGAGGAGGAAGGACCAGGGUGAGGAUGAUGAAGAAGAUGAUGAAGACAAUGUGCAAGAGAAUGAGGAAGACCCAUCAACACAGAAGAGGCCACGUGUAGUUUGGUCAGUUGAGCUGCACAGGAAAUUUGUUGCUGCAGUUGAUCAACUGGGACUUGAAAAGGCUGUUCCCAAGAAAAUUCUUGACCUGAUGAAUGUUGAAGGGCUUACAAGGGAAAAUGUGGCAAGCCAUCUACAGAAAUAUAGGAUCUAUCUCAGGAAGGCAACUCAACAAGCUAAAAUGGCUGCUGCAUUGGGUGGAGAAUCAUCAUACUUGCGGAUGGGUUCAUUAGAGGGUUUUGGAGAGUUUCGCACAUUGUCUGGUUCUGGACGGCUCUCAUCAACAUUUGCAUCUACUGGAAUUUUUAGCAGAUUGAACUCACCAGCUGCCUUGAACUUGAGAGGAAUUGGUUCUUCUGGACUGAUCCAGCCCAGUCAGUCUCAAAACUCAAGCAUAGUCACAAACACACUUGGAAAUCUUCAGCCAUCAUCUAUCUUGUCUGCAAACUCAAGUUUAUUUCAAAGCAUUUCUUCAACAGAGCGUUGUCAAUCUCAACCAAGCAACUGUGCUACUGGUAUGAGGCCGUUUGGUUCAAUUGAUGAUUCAGGUGGUUUUGCAGUUGCUAGUGGAUUCCUAGACAGUAAACCUACUCUUGGUGGUGCAAACAAUUCUGCGCCUUGUGUCUCAAGCAAUCAUUUGACGUUACCAGGAAGCUCAGAGCAAUCUCAAAAUGUGGGAGAAUUUAGAAAUCAAUCUUCUUUUGGAGCUGCUCCUUUGAACUCAGAAACUUUAGGCAUUUAUGGCUCCAAUUUGUUGGACUAUACACGAAGCAACGAAAGCUGGCAGGGCAUGGUUCACUUAUCUAAAUUUCCCUCCAAUUCUUUGCCCUUAAACGAGACUUUAACUAAUGAUCAGCUACCUUCUAACAGCUUAAAUGUUUCUUCCUCCAAUACUUAUAUCAAUAACAACCCAGUUGAUUUUUCUUCUGCUGUUCCACUGGAGGAUGUUAGAGGUGAACUACAAUGUCAAGAAGGCCUAAUUGGUAACGUGGUUCAGUCUUCACGUUACACGUUAAGGCAGACCUGGGAGCUGCAGAAGCAGGAUUACAACCAAAACAUGAACUGCAAUUUCAAUGCUGUGAAUUCCCUGGUUUCUUCUAACGGAAUCACAAGUAACAUGGGGCAGAGUUUAAAUCAAAAUAAUUCAACAUGCAGCAAAAGGGUGGAUGCAUCUUUCAUGGACCAAUUCAAUGGGCCUACCCCACUAAUCUCUCAGCUUAACGAGGAUGAGAGGUUCUCCUCAGAUAUGAGAUUCAAAUCUACUGAUGCAUACGAAGAUGAUUUCAUUCGAAAUAUUGGAUAUUUGGAUGACAUAAUGGGUUCAAUGGUUAAACGGGAGCAACAUGAGAUGAUACUGAUGGAUGGAGACACCCGAUUUGAUGCUUACCCGAUUGGAUCUUGUAUCUGAUUCACGAAGAAUCUUAGUACCAUCUGCAUCAGAAAACUCACUCCUCUAUGGGAUCUGUAUCAUUAUGUAAUUCAUCUGAUCUAAUGUAUCUAUUUCUGUUUUCUGCCUCUAGAGUUUUAUUUCUUGUUGCAAACUGUGGACACAGUUAAUGUUAUCUGAUUCUUCCCUUCGCUAUAUGUAGAGAGCAUGUAGCUGCAUCAUAUUUCUCA